ACUGCUCAACACUGGAAACGAAACUCAAAUUUAACAAAUUACGAAUAAUGGCUACAAGAUGCUGCGUCUACAAAGAUUGUGGGUAUUACUACUCCGUCCACGGCUCUCCGGUAGCUAAAGGGGAAUGGACAAUGUUCUCCUUUCCCAAACAGCCGGAGAGGGUCCGCAUCUGGCUUGAGAAUGCCCAGGUGCAUCCAAAGAUUCCACAAAACCAGCGGUUUUUGUGCUCCAAGCACUUUGAUACAAAGUUUAUAUCGAGCAACAAGAACCGAACACUGCUUGUGGGCGAGGCGGUACCGUUUCCAUACAUAAAUGAGAAGGAUACCGAUCAGGACGAAGAGUGCUCCGCAGCGCAGGCAGACCUCUCCAUUGAAUUGAGCGACGAAGAGCUCGAUGAACUUAUACUGGAGGCAGUGUCCACAUCAAUGGAACCCAAAAAGGAUAUGGGGGAGAAAAUUGAAACCAACUUGGAAUCGCCCGCGGCUAAACGCCCAAGGGAAUCAACAAACGUCCCUCAAGUUGCGAGAGAACCUCCUAGUACGGAAAUUUCUUCUCCUGCGGAUUUUGGCCCGGACCAGAUAGAAGCUAUCGAUACCUCCGAGGUGUCCGUGUUUCAGUUUAAGGGUGAGGAGUAUGUUCAAAUGUCGAUGGAGUUUUAUAUGCUUGAAAAGCGGAAGAUGGCCAAGCUGGUAGAAGAAUACAAAAGGACUCUCCGUAGUAUAAAAGAUCAGGUGUCUAGGUUGGAUCUCUGAUACGAUGACUCAGAAAACUGCACAGGGUUUAAGUUUCGUUAAGAAGAAGUCAUUGAAGCCCCAAGCCAAAUAGGAAUAAGUACAUAUAUAUUUUCGCAAGAUCUGUUUUGGCCUAGCUUAAAAAAGCCAAAAGAAAUUUUUAAAAUGUUUUCUUCACUUUAAGAUAGACAUAAUAAUUUUACUUACAUUUAAGUUGUAUAAAAAAAUUGUAAAAAAAAGUGCAAAUUUAAAAAAAAAUCAAAUUUAAA